CAAAAUACGCGUUCAUGUCGUCUGACCUAGAAGACUUUGAAGAGCAAAUCACUGAGCUUAUUCAAGGUAUUCAGCAAGUACUUGACCGCGAAAUUCCUUCACUCAAGGGUGAAGAACGUACCCAAAAAUGCCAUUAUCUCAAAAACCGACUUAAUCGUGCUCGUCAAGUCCAUCGGUCCAUUGUGGUUGAAAUCCGGGGACUAAGUGGGUCAGCUUAUACCGAAUGGGAUGGAAAAGCAAAGUCACUUGAUGAAAGACUUGGCAAGCUGGGACAAGAUAUUGAGUGGGCUGAGACUAGUCAUGGAAAUGCUGAAGGAGGCCCAGUUAAAAAAAAAAAUAUGGAUGAAAUGACCUCGGUCGAAAUGACCAAACAAGCAUUACUGAUUCAAGACAAAACACAAGAAUCAACUGCACGCACACAAAGAAUUUUGGACGAGACAAUCCAGGUUGGUGUAACUGUCCAGACCGAGUUGAAGCAGCAAGGUGAAAAAAUACGCCAAGUUGAUGAAGAUGUAGAACGUAUUGAAUCUAAUCUGCGGCGAGCCGAUAAGCAAAUGCGAGUGUUUGUCCGGCGGAUGGGUAAUGAUAAAAUUUUCAUGUUCAUGAUCUUGCUCAUGGUCGUUGGGAUCAUCAUUGCAAUUGUGUUUACCGUGUUAAAAAAGAAGUGUCCUACUGCGGUUCAAGGAAUUCUUUGCUCUGCACCAACAGCAACAUCUUGAUUUUCAAAAAUUGUCGACAUUUUCAAAAGAUCCUGCUUUUUUAAUAAUCAAUUUGCUAGUCAAAACUAUAACCGGGAAUACAUACAGAAAUGCUAUCUACAAAGCAUCGUUUUUAAUAAAUUUCAAAA